UAUUACUCUGCAGUAAAAUAACGCGCGUUUUCCGAAAAGGGCCCGAAUGUUCCGGCCAUGGUUUCAGCGCACUCCUUCACUUCCCAGCUGAACGGUGGGCUUAACCAUGAGUUUCGUGCAAGUUCACUCAGAUGUAAUAAAACUUGUCUUCGAAAACCUUGGCAAGGAGUUUCGUGACAAAAAGACAGUUUCCACUAAAACGCUGAAUGAGCUGGACCACAUCUUUAGAGCUCCCCUCCAGCCGGCGAUGAGACUCGUUGACAGACGCCGUGUCAAGCGCCUAACAUGCCCACGAGGCCGGGUGGUCUACCAAGUGUCCGGCGAAACGAGGGCGUUCUAUACCUGCCUGCCAAGCAGCAACUUCUGCGCCUGCUAUUCGUAUCUGCAUCAAGUACUACGAAGACAAGAGAUACCAAUGUGUAAGCACGUACUCGCAUCAAGACUGGCAGAAGCACUUGGAACCUGUGAAGACGUCCGCUGCACCGACGACACCAUGGCAUUCUCGUUGCAAAGCCUCAGUUAAUAUGGCUGCACACAGGCGGCUGUUAUCAGCUAAGUAGGUUUAGAAAAAUCUGUACAGAAGAGAUACGAGAAGGCUGCACACUCCAGACACGUAUACAGCUCAGACCACCACGUUUGGACUAAAUUGUCAAUGUAGGUUUCACGACUAUCAUGAUAGUCACCCAAUAGAUAGUUUCUGCCUGUGAAGUGCAUGCAGCUCAGAAACGACACAAAAACCAACUGAUGACAAAAAGUAUAUAUUUUAUUCUGUAAAAAAUAGCCCAAAGCCAACUUUUCUUUUGAUGCAGUUGGUUGGUGAUAUAAAAAUAUGUGGGACCAUAUCUCAAGCAACACAUACUGAUCAGAUAUUUGAAUAAAAAUCCAGCGAGCGAUAGAAUCCUGA